GGGAUUUGAAUUUCGAUUAGUCUAAUUAAUUAAUGCUCCAAAUGUAUAUAGAAAGAGAAAGAUAGAUAUAUAGAGAGAGAAGAGUCAUCUUCUUUCUUCAGCUCUCUUCCUUUACCCCCAUUUUCAUCAUCUAUCUGAUCCUCCAAACAAUUUCUGGAUUGGGUUUUUGGUUGAUUUCAAUUGGGUAUGAUUCUUUGUUUCUAAAAUAUGAAAUUAGUACCAGAUGGCGUAAGGUGCGAUGAGACAAGGAAGAAGAAGAAGAAGAAGGGUUGGUUGAAGUUUAUAAUUAAUUGCUGUUUCUCAUCAUCAUCAUCAUCAAGAUCUAAAGUGGACAGAUCGUUAAUUAAUAGUUUAAGCAGUAUUAAUCACUCUGAGAAGAAGAAGAAGAAGAAGUCUGUUAAUGGGGAAAUUGAUAAUGAGGAGAGUAAUAAUUCAUCAUCAACAUCAUCAUUAAAAGAGGAAGUGAAAGUGAAGGUUUCUUGUGAUGUUAGAAAAUUCAUGUUUAUGGAUCUGAAAAUGGCAACUAGAAACUUCAGGCCGGAGAGUUUACUUGGGGAAGGUGGUUUUGGUUGUGUAUUCAAAGGUUGGAUUGAAGAGAAUGGAACUGCUCCUGUUAAACCUGGAACUGGUUUAACUGUUGCAGUUAAGACCCUUAAUCAUGAUGGACCACAGGGUCAUCAAGAAUGGUUGGCUGAAGUCAAUUUUCUAGGCAAUCUUGUUCAUCCAAAUUUGGUUAAAUUGAUUGGUUAUUGUAUUGAAGAUGAUCAAAGGUUGCUUGUUUAUGAGUUUAUGCCUCGUGGUAGUUUGGAGAAUCAUCUUUUUAGGAGAGCUCUUCCACUUCCAUGGUCGAUUCGAAUGAAAAUUGCUCUUGGUGCGGCUAAGGGUCUUGCUUUUCUUCACGAAGAUGCUGAAAAUCCAGUCAUUUAUCGCGAUUUCAAAACCUCCAACAUCCUAUUGGACUCGGAUUAUAACUCUAAGCUUUCGGAUUUUGGUCUCGCGAAAGAUGGUCCUCAAGGGGAUAAGACCCAUGUUUCUACUCGUGUAAUGGGUACUUACGGUUAUGCUGCCCCUGAAUACGUAAUGACAGGGCAUCUUACUUUGAAGAGUGAUGUAUAUAGUUUUGGGGUAGUCUUGCUCGAAAUGGUGACGGGUAAGAGAUCAAUGGAUAAGAGCCGACCAAACGGGGAACAUAACUUGGUGGAGUGGGCUAGGCCACAUUUGGUCGACAAGAAGAGGUUCUAUAGACUUGUAGAUAAUCGGCUUCAAGGCCACUUCUCAAUAAAAGGCGCACAACGAGCCACACAACUAGCAGCCCGGUGCCUCAGCCGCGACUCGAAAGCUAGGCCACUAAUGAGUGAAGUUGUUGAAGCCUUGAAACCUAUACAAAACCUUAAAGAUAUGGCUAGCUCCACUUGUUACUACCAGAAAACACCUCGAUCUGAUCAGGGUCGAAAUGGGCUUCCAACUCGAGCUGGUUCAAUGCCCAGAAAUGCGUUCCAGCGUUCCCCAUAUAAUCAUCAACAUUCCCCUAAACCAAACGGUAAAACAUAACACUGACUAAUGAAAAUCGGGUAAACUAUCAUCAACUUAUUUGUAAUUUGGGAGACAACCCGAAAGUCUUUUUUCAGAAAAUAAAUACAAGAAAUCAGAAACUGAUUCUGUUUGC